UAUUUGAAUUCGUCUCAGUCAGCAGCCAAUCAGAUGAGGGCAGUCAAAACGGCGCGGUGCUCUACCUGUGCCUGACUGUAAAUAAUGGACAACACACAUACAAAUUCUCGAACCGCCAUGUCUGCAUCUAAAUUCACUCUGCUGUGUAACUCGCAUAAAUGCCGGACAAAGCUCAGCGGGUUCGCGUGGGUCACGGCCUGCUCUCAUGUAUUCUGUGAUCAACACGGUUCGGAGGAGUUCAGCCGUACACCUGCCAUCUGCCCCGCAUGCUCCUCCAUGCUCUCUGGGAAACUUGACGUGCUUAGAACCGAGCUGACACCGUCAGAGCAAUACAAGGCUAUGGUUUUGAUCGGACUACCGCCCGAAACGGUUUUGGAAAUCAGUCAUAAAGCGCUAGAAUUUUGGACGUACCAGGUCAACCAGGAGAGGCUGCUGAUGGAAUACAAUCUGUCAAGGACUGGAGGACAAGUGCUUCAGAUGGAGAAGUUUAUGGUCCAGCAGAACCAGAGCAAAGAGCUCGAGUUAAAUGCAUUAAGAGGAGAGAUCGCAUCACUGAAAAAGGUGCUGGAAGAAUAUAAGCGGAAGUACAGUGAGGUUUUGGAGCGACUGAAUGAACGAAAUAGGCAGUAUCAGAAGCUGCAGGGACUUCUAGACUCACUACGGAUGCACACACUGGGUACAGGAGAGAAGGAUCCCAUUUCCCACCCUUUCAGUACAGGUUUGAUCAAACAGCGCUCUCCACAUAGCAGUCCUUCCUUCCUGGCACCAGAAGGUGACAGGUUCUUCUCACUGGGACCAGAAAACGCUAAAACAUUCUUCCAGUUCAGCACACCCACCCGAGACAGAACCCAAUCUUUUAUUAAGAAAAACUAA